CAUUCUGUACCUUUUUCUUCCUAAAAAUACACUUGGUCUCAAAUUUAUGUAAAAGCACACAAGCUGAGAGAAGGUUUUAGACUUUCAAGUUGAAAGUUUCAACUUGAAAGUUUCAAGUUGGACGACUAACUAUUACGGUUUAUUACAAUACGAACGAAAUAAAUUCAUAUUUUCGGUUCAAAACCAGUAGAAUUUUAAACAAAUCAUUAAAAGAAAGUAUAUUUCCGCUAUGUGCUAGAUUUUUGUUCAAAUAAGCCAAAAAGAUAUCCAAUGGAUCCCCGUCCAGAAAAUAGUUGGACAUGUGCCACGUGCUCAAAAUCGCUCACCACCAAAGGAAGCUUGAAGCGUCACAUGAUAAGGCAUGAUGCCGACGCGAAGGUGAAAUGCGAGGUCUGCGGCAAAAUUUCGAAAAAUCGACUCACCUUAUCCAUGCAUAUAAAACAUUUUCACACUAUCCGGAAACGACCCAGUUGCAACGUUUGUCACCGUGUAUUUCUCACAUCCACAAAUUUAUGGAGACACCUUGGUGCCGUUCACAGCACGGUGAAUCGAGCCCGUUUGCCAAGUAGAUUUCCCGGAUGUGUGAAAACCUACUUGAACAAGGAAGCUGUAUCGCAGCACAUAAAAACCGAACAUACCGAGAAACCGACCCGAUUUCCGUGCACACUUUGCGGAAGAGAAUUCAAACUCAGAACAAACCUUGCUCGGCACAUUUCCAUCCACACGACGGAGAAGCCCCACAGUUGCUCAACUUGUGGGAAAACUUUCCCAAACGCGUGCAAUUUAAAAAGUCACGAGGUUACACAUUUGGUAAAAUCUAACCGAAGGAUAUUUAACUGUGAACUUUGUACUCAGACUUUUUUGGGUAAAGUUAGCUUGCAACAACAUAUGCAAUCUGUGCAUGAAAAUCAAAGGAAUCAUCCGUGCACAUUUUGUGACAAAAGGUUCUCGACGUCAAGGAAUAUGAGACGUCACGUGGAGGCCAGACAUCCCGCGAAUAUAGACAAGAUUCAUUCCUGCGAAAAAUGUGGGUACAAGAGCCACUCGAAAGAAAAUUUAACUCAACACUCGAGGCGUCACAAUCCUGCGAAUCGACGAGAAUGCCACUUCUGCCAGAAGCAUUUUUCCAUCUUUUCCGAUUUGGUGACACACUGUCGUCGUCAUACUCUAGAACAGUGAUACAUAAUCCAAGAAAUUCGUUGUUUUUAUGGUUUGAAUUUGUUAUCCGGCCAACGAUACACAUGUACAUGUACUUUAGUUCCCCUUUUUACACGCAAUUAAACUGUGCUAG